UGAAGACCCAUUGUUAGAAACGCAUUUUCUCCUUUUUUUGGAGUUAUAUAUUGAAAAAGCAUUUUAAACCUUGCAAGGCCCAGCGUCUUCGUUGUUGUUCCAUCCCUGCCGUUUUGGCGGGAGAGAGAGUGAUGAGUUCCUCGGAACCGGUGGAUGGUGGGAGCGAGCUGCCAGACUUGGUUUGCCGCUUGGAAAAUGCCCAAGGAAUUGUAGAUACACUCACCUCUGUUCGGUGGAAGAAGCACCAGGAUGCGCUAGUCGAGAUAUCGGAACACGGAAUCGUUCUCGUUGUCGAAGAAUCGGGAUGCCUCCAGGCCAAGGUCUACCUUAAAAAGGAGCUCUUCUAUGUCUAUGAUUAUGGCGCUAGGGGCCGUACUAGAUUUGGGCUUGGAUUGGGCCUCUUUGUUGAUUGCCUCAAUUCUUUUACUGUCCCUGGGGGCUCAUUUGAUAUCGAGAUUCGCUAUCCGGGGCCCGAUAUGCAGCUCAUGAUCAAGGCGGUUGAUUCACCUGAUAUGUGUAUCUAUGCUGAAAUUCGCACAAGGAUCCCAGAAACAUUCUCAUGGGAUCAUGACUUUGAAACAGCAGGCAAUGCUCCAAUAUGUUUUACUGUUAAGUCUGCAGUUCUGAAGGAAGCAAUAGAUGACCUUGAGUGGCCAGGUUCAGGUAUUCAGAUAGUGCUUAACCCUGAUCCACCUUCUGUUACAUUGAGAGGUGAAGGUCAUGGAGAUUUACAGAUUGACUUCUUAUAUUAUGCAAGUACUGAUCUUCUGAACUCAUUUCAAUGUGAUCACCAGGUCUCCUACAGGUACAAGUACAAGUUUCUACACGCAACAACUUCCAAUAUUCCUGCUAGUGUCAUAAAGGACAAUCGUGCUAGCAGAUUGACCAUAGGAAGAGGUGGGAUUUUGAAGGUCCAGCAUCUAGUUUCUGUUGUAAGACAAGGACAUGCUCAUGGUGAUCCUGUAGGAUGUCAGCAAGUUGGACGCAUUGCCUAUAUUGAGUUUUAUGUCAAACCUGAAGAAGAUGUCGACACUGAAGCUGGCUAAUUGGAUAACAGAUGCCUGCUUAUCUUUCUCAAUGACAAUGAGAUACUCUUUCUGGUAUGGUGUUUGAGUUCGUUUAAGACAGUUUUGGUUGAUGCUAAGAAAAUUUUUCUUGUAGAAGAUCCAAUCUAAGCUUAGUGUACAUCAUUGCUUUUAGAAAUGACGAAGAGUUAGAGUCUACCUGAUGAUGAGUAGAUUUGGUCAAGCUGGAGUAUAUUGGGAGACUUUUCGAAGCAAGUUUGGAUACACAGUUUUGCUUUACAGGUUCUGGUAAAGCGUCCAGAAUUUAUUGGUGUUAACAUAAUAAGAAACUUCAGUCAUGCCGAUACAUCAUUCAUAUUGGGAAAUUAUGUGAUCAACCUCCUUUAUUUGCCCUUUAACAUCUGAGCUUGCUCAAGAACUCUGAAGCUUGGGCAUUGGAAGCUUGCAUAGGUUCCUCUUUGUGGGUGCGUGUUGUGGACAACAUUUUGCAUUCUACCAUGUUAAGGAGUUACAAAGAUAUUGUGGCGAUGGGUAAUUGUUCAGUGCUUUUGUAUGAUGUUCUGGAGAUUGUCCAUUCUACCAUGUUCAGGAGUUACAAAAUAUUGCGCAGAUGGGUAAUGGUUCAGUGCUUCUGUA